UUAGAUCGUUUGAAUAUCGCUUUUGUAAUAAAUGUUACUGCCAACUUGCCUAAUGUCUUUGAGCAUAAGCGUAAAGAUAUCAAGUAUUUUAGAAUCGCUGUGAACGAUAGCUCUAGAGAAGAUAUUAGUAAACAUUUCGAUACGGCCUUCCAUUUUAUCGAGUUAGCUCGCCUUUCUGGUAAAGGUUGCUUGGUACAUUGUCAAGCCGGUAUAUCACGAUCAACAACUAUAGUGGUGUCUUAUUUGAUGAGACACAACGGACAUUCCUUCGAUGAUGCUUAUAAAUACGUGAAGAAGAUGAGACCAAUUGUAUCACCUAAUAUCAGUUUUGUUGGAGCUUUAAAGAUGUACGAAGACACGAUCGGCGGCAGUCAGUUGGCACUUGAGUAA